CCAAUUAUUUUUUUUAUUCAGGUUCCUGUGUGCUUGCGCGUUAGCCUGUGGGGGUUUCGGUGGUCAGCGAGCUCAGUGUCCCUUUAGUACUAGAAAUUCAAAAACAAGGGAUUGUGGAUGGCACAUCAAUAGCCAUGCUAAAUCAUUUUAAUUAAUAUAGGAUACGUUGACAUUGCAAUGUGCUUAUUAACAUUAUAGACGUUCUGUGAGUCGCUCCAGUUACGGAUACAUCCCCGGGAUUGAGACACCAGAGGAAGAAGAGAGGCCUACGGUAUAGGACUGACCAAGACAGGACGUGGAUAUUUGAGGACAUGUGUACAUCUGGAGCAGCCUGAGCAACCGGACCAGGACCAGGAAACUAGGGAAACAUUUUCCACGCCAUUUUCCACACCUUUUCAAUUUUUUUUUUCUUUUCCUUUUUUUUUCUCACUUGAUUGAUACCCAUCCACUCCCAUCAUCAUAGCAUCUCUUUAAGUGGAACACGUGUUUUUUUUUUCACUCCCUCAUCCAAACAAGUAUAUAUAUCCCAUUUUUCUCUGUAGAAGGGUCCCACUGAACCGGCAAAAUAAGUUUCCCCGUGCCCCCCCACUUGUCCCACCGAAGCCAGUCGUCCAGUCACUUCCCCCUGGAUCCGCACGGCAAACGGGCCCAUUCCGCACCAAAGCUGAAUCCCUACAGCCGAUCCAGGAUGACGGAGGCGUGGCAGCAGCACGCCGUGGCCCCGCCCCCGCCGGUGGUGCACACCAUCCCACCGGGGGCCGAGAGCUCCCUGGGCUGCGCCGUGUACGGCAUAGUGCUGCAGCCGGACCCUGCCCUACAGCAGCAGCAGCAGGCCCAGCAGCCGCAAGCGCAGCCCCAAACGCAGCCGCCGCAGCCGCACCACGGGCAGCAGCACGGCCAGCAGCAGCAUCCGGCGCAGGCGCAGCAGCCCUCCCUGCAGGUAGGGGGCGAGGGCGGGCACAAGUGCGGCGCUUGCGGCCACGACAUCUCCCACCUGGCCAACCCGCAUGAGCACCAGUGCAUGGUGAGCCAAGACCGCUCAUUCCAGUGCACCCAGUGCCUGAAGAUCUUCCACCAGGCCACGGAUCUCCUGGAGCACCAGUGCGUGCAGGUGGAGCAGAAGCCAUUCGUGUGCGGCGUCUGCAAGAUGGGCUUCUCCCUGCUCACCUCCCUGGCGCAGCACCACAACGCCCACAACAGCACCAACCCCAUGAAGUGCUCCAUCUGCGAGAAGACCUACCGGCCAGGAUCUGGCAACGCCACCCCGACCUCUAGUGCCAACCCCCAGCAGCCCUCCUCCGAUGCGGCCACAGCUAGUGGCAGUGCCGCUGUGGGCACCUCCUCCCAGCCCACCUUCGAGCCGUCGGUGCCCGACAGGCCCUACAAGUGCUCAGUAUGUUCCAAGGGCUUCCGCCAUCUGUCCGAGUUGACGCGCCACGAGCGUGUCCACACCGGGGAGAAGCCGUACAAGUGCGAGACGUGCGACAAGAGCUUCAGCCAGAUGUCCCACCUGCAGCACCACCACCGCACACACAGCUCAGAGCGGCCCUACAAAUGUGCCGUGUGCGAGAAGACCUUCAAGCACCGCUCACACCUGGUGCGCCAUAUGUAUGCCCAUUCCGGCGAGCACCUGUUUAAGUGCAACCUGUGCGAGCUGCACUUCAAAGAGUCAUCCGAGUUGCUCCACCACACAUGCCAGCCCCAAGGUGCACGACCAUUCCGCUGCGCAACGUGCGGGAAGGGCUUCAAGCGGCCGUCGGACCUUCGCCAGCACGAGCGCACGCACUCGGAGGAGCGACCCUACCACUGCGAAGACUGUCAGAUGAGCUUUAAGCAGCAGUACGCGUUGGUGCGCCACCGUCGCACGCACAAAGCCUCCGCCGAUCGCCCCUUCAAGUGCAACCUGUGCGACAAGGGCUUCCUGCAGCCCUCGCACCUUCUCUACCACCAGCACGUCCACGGCAUGGACAAUCUGUUCAAGUGUGCGUCAUGUGGGAAGGGCUUCAGCCAGUCGGGCGAGCUCUUGCGCCACAAGUGUGGCGAGGCCUCGUCGAGCAGUAACUCUGACAAGCCGUACAAGUGCGAUGUGUGCGGGAAAGGUUACAAAAAAGCGGCGACGUUGCAGCGUCACCAGAACGCGCACUGUGCUGAGAAGCCUCUGAAGUGUUCGCUGUGUGACCGCAGAUUCCUCUCCUCCUCCGAGUUCGUGCAGCACCGCUGCGAUCCGUCCCGCGAGAAGCCGCUGAAGUGUCCUGACUGCGAAAAGCGCUUCAAGUACACCUCGGAGCUGGCACGACACAGGCGCGUGCACACGGGCGAGAAGCCCUAUAAGUGCUCAAGCUGCGAUAAGUGCUUCAAGCAGAGGGAACACCUGGCCAAGCACCAGAGCGUUCACGCUCGCGACGCCCAGUUCAAGUGCGUGUGGUGUGGAGGCGAGCCCGGUGACCUGGGGCUGCAGGGAGCC